UGUGUGUGUGUGUGUGUGUGUGUGUGAGAUGCUUAUAUGAGCUUACAGAUGUUACAUGCACAUGGACUUAUAUUUGACCCCCCGCGGUCCCCCCUCACACGGAUCAUGUGCAGGAAUGCUGUGUCCAGCGCGCGCACAGCAGAUGGAGGCACGCGCCGUUGAGUGUGGGGUUAACGCCGACCGAUGAGGGCGUGGUCUGGGUCAAUAAUAACCACCUCGCUCCAGCCAGCUGUUCCACAAAUAAUUAAAGACAACAAAAAUCAACAUCCGGAGUGCUCGUGGAGGUGGGAGCCUAUCACUGCGGUCCUCUGCUCCAGCUUGGACGCGCGCAUCGGCUCUCCGCACUUUCCACCGGAGGAAAUUACACGUCCACGGCUGAUCUGAAGGAGGUGUGACUUGAGAUGACUGUUUGAUCGUCCCCCUGCCUCGCCUCCGCCGCGGAGCUCCGGCACAUUUUACAGGAUGAGCGGAUGAAACGGCAGCCCGGAGUGUCCGGAGGUAGAAAUAAAGGUGACCGUGAAUCGGAAUCGACCGUGAGGUGAACUCGUCCCGGGGAGCUCAGGCUCGCAGCUUCAUCGGGACUGUCUUACGUAACUGAGCUUUGUGCAGGGACGAGCAGGGAAAGCGCUGGUGUCGAGCUGUUGAUCACAGCCAGAAAACGAAGGUGAAGAGAGAGGAAUCCCCUCACAGCUUUGUCCGUCCGCUCAGCAUGAUCAGUGAGAACGUCGUCUCCCAUCACCAGUGAGUACAUUGAGAUGACUGAGGGCCACAGGCAGGGAGGAGGGGCUGUCACUGUGGAGGCUGAUGCCAUUCUCCACACGGCGAACUCGGACUUUAUCACGCUUACUGACAAAAACAGGAAUUUAUGUCCAGGGUUCGUCCAGGGAUUCCUGCAAGAUGAGCCCGGCUUCAGCCCUCCUGCAGGGUUUGAAAAGGAAUACCUGCUGGAUGGAAGCCUGAUGGAGAAUAACCACACUGAUAACCAGAAAGGUGGCAGCUCAUACAUCUCGAGUGCUGAUCGGUUUUACCUUUCAGGUGACAAGGAAAGUCCAGAAGCCCCACCUCACACUGGCUCCAAUCACAUUGCUGGCAUGCAGCAAAACUGUGCAGGUGGCGAAAUCCCCAACGGCGCCCGAGCUAAAGUGUCCUACAGUGCAGAUUCCUCCAUACACCUGCCCAGCCAGGCCCAACAGGAAGCCGAUCAGCCGGCUCUAAAAUCAAUCCUGGCGCACAGGGACGGCAGCCAGGAAGCUGGAAACACACAGCCCCACAGUGAGCCCGACUUAGUCAUAGAGGUAGGUGGGCAGACGAUCAACGCUCACAGGUCUGUCCUAGCUGAGAAGAGUGACUACUUCAAAGCACGGCUGUCACGCAACAUCCUGAAAGUGAAGGGUAUCAGUUAUAAGACUUUGUCCACGUUGAUAGACUAUGUGUACACUUCAAACAUCAGUGUUAGCAAAGACAAUGUAGUCGAUGUCAUCACGGGGGCUAAAAUCCUGCAGAUCCCCUGUGCCGUCCAGGCAGCUAUGGACUCCAUGUCUGAACAAAUCACGGCGGAGAACUGCUACGAGAUCCUCACCAUCGCCAAGAAGCAGCGGCUGAGUGAACUGAAGGAGACCGCCUACGGAUUCAUGAGCGACAACUUCCUCCAGGUCCUCAAAGACCCCGCCGCGUACGGGCGUUUGACGGGAUCUGAGAGGGAUCUGAUUCUGAAGAAGAGAAUGGAGGGGAGGAAGACUCUGAUGGUUGCAGAGAUAAACGACGUGUUCGACCGAGUUGGGAGCCGGCCGCCGAGUCGCUGUGGCAGCCGGCCACAGAGCCCUUUGUCGGUGGGGUCUUUGGAGGAGAACCAUAUGAUUUACCACUUUAACGAGACAGCAAAUGACUGGAGACCUUUGACUGCCAUGCCCGAGGACGUAAAUACUAAAGGCUGUGGGAUCUGCACCAUGUAUAACUACCUGUUUGUGGCCGGGGGAAUAAAGGGCUACGGGGACAAAGGCAAGGUUUCAGACAAGGUCUUCUGUUACAACCCUAUAACCAACCGCUGGGCCGAGGUCAGACCUCUGAACCAGGCCCGUGCCCAGCUAAAGCUCCUAUCUAUGGAUGGCUAUCUGUAUGCCAUUGGAGGGGAAUGUUUGUUUACGGUGGAAAAGUACGACCCUCGAAUGGACCGCUGGACGACAGUAGCCCCCUUGCCCAAGGGAGCCUUUGCAGUGGCCCACGAGGCGACCACCUGCAGUGGAGAAAUUUACGUAUCGGGCGGCUCUCUUUUCUACCGCCUCCUCAAGUACGACCCUAAGAGAGACGAGUGGCAGGAGUGCCCCUACAACAACAGCAGGAAGAAGUCCACCGACAUGGUGGCGCUGAAAAGCUUCAUCUACCGCUUUGACGUCAGCCGCGAGCAGGGGAUCAACGUCUUCAAGUACAACACCAUCGUGAAAAUGUGGCACGACUGCAUGUCGCAGAGGCUCGGGAGUCACUUACCCUUCAGGUGUGCCGUCAUCGGGAACUGCAUCUACUGCGUGAACAAAAGCCAGACUCUCCAGUUUGUAGUGGAGGAGGAGAACGCCUACUUUGUUGAGGAGACGCUGAGGGCACCUCUGGAGGCGAAAGGCGUUCUUUUUCCGUUUGUUCUCACUUUGCCCGAAAAGCCUGAAAGAGUUGCGUAGCGUGUCUGUGCGUGUGUGCGUGUGUGUGUGUGUGUGUGUGUGAGAGAGAGAAUAACACAAUAAAUGUGUCAUAGUAAGCCUGCAAUAAGCAGAAGACCUUAUGUACACUCUUCAAUGUCAGCUUCCUAUCUCAGUGUCUCAUUGCCUGCUUGCAAUCGAAUGUGUGUAUUUGCAUGGCGCAGUAAUGCAUCUGCAGGGUCGAGCCUUAAAAACAAACCUUUUUUUAAUGUUGAACGAAUGCAACGAUAUUAGUUUCUGCAGAUAAUGACACGAUGAAAGUGAUUAAUUUGUGUGCUAAUGUUUUGUUUGGUGACUUUUUUGUAGUUUUAGAUAUUACUGUAUUAACUAGCUGACCUGUGACUGGUAACAUAAGCGAGUGUUUUAUUGAUGGAAGCUGGAAGCUGUUCUAGUGCGCUUUAUGAACGACACACACAGGUUCUAUGCAACGAGUGCUUCUGCUGUAAUGCUGUUUGUAGUUAUUGUGAGUGGAAUCUGGAAGAAGUGUAGUUCUCUUCAAACACCAAGUCUUCGAAACCACCCCAAUAAGGUCCCCGCCACACUAAACCUAAAGCUUUAUAUUUAUAAAUCAGAAAUCGAAGCCAUUAUGAUCAAAUAUGUAUAAAUUACAUGUAUCUAUUUUGCAUAUGGUGCAUACUCUACAUUUAGCCAAAGAUAACUACCCCGUCAGGCUCUAUUAAAACCAACACACUAACUUUUCUUUUUUUGUUUUUCUUUUUUUUAAAGGAUUUCACUACUUUUGUCACUACAGGAAAAACCUAAAGCAAUAGCAUUCCUGCACAGCACACAGGCCUGUGGUUUGCUGCUCACAGGCAGGUUCAGGAAAGUUUAAGGAUGCAGGUUACUCCCCGUGCACAACGACCCUCUGCUACAGGUUUGUAUUCACAUGCCAGCUGAUUACUUUAAUUCAUGCUUAGCUUUCAGGUCAAAGGUCAGAUCUGACACUACAUUGCCUUCAGUCAGUCUAGUAAAAAGGAGAUCCUGAUGAUUCUGCACCAACGCUAAUAAGCCAUGUUGUUCUUGCAUCUGUGCACGUGAAUACACACGCUACUCUUCUUUUGGACAUUUUACAGCAUUCGUGGUUGCUUCAGUAACACAGUGGGCGUUUUGUACGGAAGCUAGUGCUGAUAUAUUCCUAAAAUCGAACUGCUUUUGAUAAUGUUUGUAGAAGUGUCUCUGAGCAAUCAGUGCGACUCAGACAAAAAUGGAUGUGGUCUUGAUAUUUGGACGGCUGGAACCUGUAGAUUUUGUGAAUUUAUGUGGGGCGUUUGGUAGUUUUGAAUCUGCUGCUGUGAUGAUCGGUGAAUUAAUGCAACGCAAGGCAACGGCUUCCUGUUCAUGGCAUUUGGAGUGGGCUGAGAAACGAGCUGUGGGAUAAUGUAUAUCAGAACUAAGUGCUUCAAAUAAAAUAUUUUAUGUCUGAAACUGA